ACACAAAGUGUCCUGCUUCGCAGACUCCAUUACAACAAAAUUCAGCUACAGAUCAAAUUUCGAUACAAACCCAUAUUCCAGUAGGUAAUUUAAUCCAAUUAGAUAAUAUACCAUUACCUAUUCAAAGCUCCGACAAUAUUUUUUCAAAUCUUCUCCAAAAUGAUACAGAAUGGUUUGAUAAUAUGGAAGAUAAAUAUAAUACAAAUACUGAUGAAAAAUGGCCUGAAUUAGGUGGAUCAUUGCUCUAUGACUAUCCAAAAAGAAAUAUUAUAAAUAUAGAGGGUAAUUUUGGUG